AUGAGUAAUAGUUCAAGACAUUACUGUCCCGAAUGUGAUCAACAAUUAGACAAUAAUUCUCGGUGGUGUAAAUCAUGUCAAAGACGUCACUUUGAAGAAAAUUUCGAUAAUUGGACUUCUGGUGAUAAAGAAAUUGAUGAAUUUAUUAAAGAAACUCAAUUAAAAGCCGAAGAUGCUGAUCAAUAUUUAGAAUGGAUUCCAUUCUCUGCUUUUAUUAAUGUUACUAAAUCGGAUAUUUCGGAAGCUGGUUCUUUAUUUACUGCUAAUUGGGUUAGAGGUCCUGCUGAUACUUGGGAUCCUAAUGAAGGUGAACUUAUUGCUAAAAGAAGUUUAGUAAAACUUAAAAUUCAUUAUCAUGGACGUACUCGUAAUGGUCUUAUCAUGCGUCUCUUUGGUAUCACUCGUGAAUCAGUCACAAAUAAUCUUAUGAUGGUUGCAGAAACAGUAGAAUGGGAUUUACGUCAUUAUGUAUCUCAUCAUUUUACACGACUUACCUGGCAAAACAAAAUUGCAAUUUUAUAUUCUGUUACUUGUGCUCUUGAAAUUCAAAAAAAUGGUCUUCAACAAUUACAAAAUGAUUAUAUUACUGAUUAUAGAACUGUUAAAUCUCAUAUUGAAAUUCCAUUAAAUGAAUUAGGUUUAGGUGAUUCAAAAGAUUUAAUUCCUGUUAUUGGUUAUUAUAGAUAUGAUCUUCUUCCAUUUAUCGCUCCUGAAAUUAUUGGUGGUGAAAAAUAUUCUAUAAAAGUUGAUGUAUAUACUUUUGGAAUGUUAAUGUGGGAAUUCUCUUCCAAUAGACCUCCUUUUUAUGAUCGUCCACAUGAUGCAAAACUUUUUAAUGAUAUUUUUGAAGGUUUAAGACCUAAACAACGUGAUGAUGUUCCGGAAUGUUAUAGUGAUUUAAUGCAAUUAUGUUGGAAUACAAAUCCUAUUCAUCGUCCAACAAUAUCAGAUUUAGUAAAACGUUUUAGUGAUUGGCAUCUUUUUGGUAAAGAAAAAGAUCAAUUUGUUCUUUCGGAACAAAAAAGAAUUAAACGUGUUUUGGCUAAAGGUUUAAAUCCUGAUCCUGGUCGAAUGGCUACUCCUCCAAAAGUUCAUCCUCAAGCUAUAUAUACUAGUAGAUUAUUAAAAUUUCCCGCUCUUCCUAUACCAAAAAAUUCUCAAAGAGGUUUACCAAAAAGAGCUAAUUCUUAUAAUGAUAGUGAUAAUGGUCGUACUCAAAUGAGUACGAAAGAUUUGGCUUCCAUUCUUAUUCGUGAUGAAAGUUUCUUUUCAACGGCUGCACUUAUGCAACGACGUUCAGCUUAUCCCGAACCAGAGGUUGAACCUGAAGAUGAAGACGCUUUAAAACAAUAUGAAUUAUCUAUCCCUAAUGAUUUGGAUUGUGAUGUAUCUGACGAUAAGGAUGAUAAACCAUCACUUUCAUAA